CCACAUAGACUUUUCUCUUGGGGAGAGAAUUGACAUGCUCCAAAUUCCCAUUUUUCAAUAUAUUCUUGUAAUGGAAACUUAGCUAGAAGAAGGGGACCAUAAGCGUAUAUUUCUGCUCUCUCUCAAACAACAUAUCACAAGAGCCACUCCCACCUUCUUCUCUCUUUAUCUCUCUCUAGAGUUCAACCAGUCUUGGUUUUAAGGGGAGAAAAGGAACAAGAAGAAAACAUGCCUAUGGCUCCUAUGAGCUAUAAAUGCAAUAAAAAAGAAGCUGCAAGAGAAGCAUGGACAGCAGAAGAAGACCAAAAGCUGUCUCAAGUCAUUGAAAUUCAAGGUCCAAGGAGAUGGAGAUCAGUUGCUGCCAAAGCAGGUCUGAAUAGAUGUGGAAAGAGUUGUAGACUGAGAUGGAUGAAUUAUCUUAGACCAAAUAUUAAGAGAGGCAACAUAUCAGACCAAGAAGAGGACUUAAUACUCAGGCUUCAUAAAUUACUUGGAAACAGGUGGUCUUUGAUUGCUGGGAGAUUGCCCGGUCGGACCGAUAACGAAAUCAAGAACUACUGGAAUUCUCAUUUGAGCAAAAAAAUUAAGAAGGAUCAGAAACAAGUUAAAAACUCAACAUCACAAGAGUCUGAGUCAGAGAAGACUGAACUAGUUAUGCAGAUGGAAAUAGUUGCAAAGGAGAGUGAAGAAGGUAACUACACCAAGAGAGACGAGGACCCCAAAUCCGGCUCUGUUGGAGAUGACUUCUUUGAUUUCUAUAGUGAGGGACCUUUAAAUUUGGAAUGGAUGAGUAAAUUCCUUGAAUCAGAUGAGAGUUGGAUCGACUUGCUUUAAUGUUUUAAUCUUUGAUCUGUUUUCAAUAAGUUCUUGUAAUCCAUGAAUCUUUGCUUUUUGUCGAGUCUUAGAUUAUCUAAUAAAUAUCCCACCUAAACAUUUUUACUCA